GUGAUGUUAGACGUGCGAUAUCACGCGCAUGCAGUUGUCUGUCGUUUGCGCUGUGUGAAAGGACAAAGAGGAAUUCCGCAGAAAACGUUUGAAGCCUGAAACGAUCGGCAGCAGGAUGCGAUCACCGCCGUGUCUGCAUCGGUGUCAUGGCCAGCUGUCCUGCAGCUUUGGAGACCCUGGGUUUCCUUCAGAAGCCCCUGUCGCGGCUCGUGACCUUCAACUGCGCUGCACGCAAAGUCUGAAGCGAAUCUGUGAUUUGCUGUCGGAGCUAACGUCCUACAACCAAGUACUGUGGCGUUUGGGUCUGCAGCUACGAGAAGACGAGCGAGAAAAUCUCGGCGAGCUAAGGGUUGCGGUCCUGCCGGGCAUCAGUAGCGGGACGCUCCGCGGCACGGGAGAUUCGGAGGCCGUGCUCGGGGCAAAGAAACUCUUGGGCGAGCUGCUGGACCAGCACCGAUGCAUCGUCGCCGUGCAAGUGACUCACGCCGUGUUGAAGACGCCUUCUCUGGUCGACGCCAUCGCAUCGAGGCCACGUCGUCUAAGACGGCUCGCCAUUCCGGCUCCGUCGACAAGCGACGAGCCUCAAGUCUUCGAGGGCUUCCUGAAGCUGGUGGCGUCGUUGGAUGGCGUCGAAGAACUCGAAUUCUCGGACGCUCGUGUCGAUUCGGACACCGUGGCCGCGUUCCCUAUGACUAGGGUGGAGCGAGCGGUUGCCGGACUCCAGGCGCUCGAACUGGCAGACCUUGACGGCGCCAGCAACGCCUGGAACCGAGAACUCAUUGACGCCCUCGUGAGGAACGACACCGUCAGAGAGCUUUCCGUCGGACCCAGUGUGUACACUUCUGGUCCCGUAGGCCGUUCGUCUGAAUGGUUCGCCGAGUAUCUGACCAAGCAGAACCCGACGCUCAGAAAGCUCACUUUGAGAGGGCGUCACUCGGACGCGACGCCGGGACUGGAAACCCUGGUCCGAGCCGUCUCCGCAGCGUCGACCUUGGAAGACCUGGUCGUGCACUGGCACGCCAGGGCGCCGGAGUGCGCGAUGUUACUGGGCGCAGCCGCCAGAAGCGAAACGCUGCGAAGUUUCAGCCUGUACAUCGGACGUUGUUGCGAAGAAUCGGUCCGGCGACCCUGUGGGAUCAGCUCGUUCGCUACCGAGAGCCUGCGCCCCUGGAUCCAGCCGCUGAAGAAAAACCAAUCGUUGCGGAAUCUAUCGCUCGACCUGUCCUGGUUCGACAGUGGCGACUGCUGCGCCUUGCUCCGAGCGCUCUCGGCCAACCAGUCGCUCGUCGCCGUGACCGUGCGAAACCUUCCCGACGACGGUCUUCUCGAGGAGUUUUGCUGCUGGAAGCGCCAGUGCCGCCUCACAGUGCAGAUGCUAAUCGAGAACCACCGCGUCGGACAGCUAGACUUGCAGACACUUCAGAGCUACCCCGAACUGACGGCAGUAACGCUCUCGUCGGGACGUCUAGAGGACCCGGAUCUCCUUUGUAGCGCCUUGAAGAAGCUGGCCACUUGCGGGCACCUCACGUCGAUGUGCUUGAUUCUGAACGUCUUCGACGAGACGCUUCACGCUGCGGUGGCCACGUACAUCAGGGGUGCUUCUGCACUGAGAGACGUCGACAUAAGCCUGUUGGCCGAGUGCUCGCAGCCCGGAGGCGACAUCCGACGGGUGAAGUCGGAGCGCGGCAUCGUCGAAGCACUGUUGUCCAACCGCAAACUCACGAGGAUCAAGCUGCAGACGUGGCCUCUGUACUGCGAGGACUACGUGGCGCUUGCCGACGCCGUGCACAAGAACAGGCGACUUCACGAGCUGUCCGUCAGAGCGCGCCGGAGCGCCUUCGGCGCCGUCUUCCUUCCUCGCCUCUUGUCGGGAUUGGAGGGCAACUACAGCCUGCUUCGUCUCGAUCUGCCGCCGUGCGAAGCGCACGACGCCCACAUGGCGGCGGCGCAGGAGAUCACCCGCCGCAACCGCAGUCUCGUCGAGCGAGCGAGCCGGUUCGUGAUGGGCGACGGCGACCCGUACUGCGCAUGCGCCAUCGGGCUCGUUCCACAGCAUCCGAGGCUCGUCGAGAUGGUUGCGCAGAAAGCGGGCGUGACCGAGGCUGCCGCCGUGAGGAUGAUCAAAAGUGCGCUGCAGGUCGACGCUUGACCGGCGUGCAGGGAAUUCGCGAGAGUGACUGGCGCCCGCCGUGAGUUGCGGGAUCGACGUGGAUUCCUGGCCGAGUGGACGUGCGUUACCUGGACCCGUUUGCGAGACUGCGCGUGGCGUCACGGACCUGAAACUAUAGUUGACGUGCUUAUAGGCGAUCUUUACGCGCUUUGACAAGACGCCACUGGCGUGCGAGUCCCGCGAGAUGUGAAUUAUCGCAUCCAAAAAAAAAAAAAGAACGAACACUGCAUGCGUUUACACUCGCCACUCAUUGUGUAUUGACAAGUAUCCAUUAUCAUUCGUGCAAUCAUUGACAAUGAGUUUUUUGGCAAAAUGUAAAUCUACGAACCUAUACUUGUUUUCUGUUCCUUUUCAAGUGUUUGUGUAAGUGUGUGUGUGCGUGCGUCUACAAUAAAAAAGUGUCGUUGAAGGAACAGUCAUAUCUGCCGUGAAUAAAUACAGUUAUCGACUGGACGUUAUUCACGA